AUGGAUGUCGACUGGCGGGAGGUGUCCCGCGUCGCCAUACCGGGGGCUGUAGUGCCAGGACCUGCAGGCACUCUUCACCGUGCGGCUCCCACCCCUCUUACAGCUCUUGCUUUCGAUGUCCACCAGGACCUCUUAUGGACCGGAAACGAUUCCGGUCGUGUCACGUCAUAUUAUGGAUCAGAACUACAACGAUACACCGUCUACAAGGGACAUAAUGAUGGAGCUGUUCGAAACUUUCUAUUCAGUGAUAGGGGUAUUGUUAGCUUGGGAUCGAAGAGUCUUCAUAUUAGUGCGAGAAGAGGGCUGUCUAAAGCCCACAUCACGAGUGAUCGUAUGUACGAUUUACGAUGCAUGAGCUAUACUUCGAAGGGAACGUCAGAGAUUAUAGCUGGUGGUGUUGGUGGAGUACAGCAACCAUUGCUAACAAUCAAUCUUGACCGUGGGACGGUUAUUAAUGAGAUACCUUCCAAUGACGACGUCAUCGUGAUGCGACGGGAUAGGGUCAUAUGUUGUGGAACUGCAACUGGCAGCGUCAACAUCAUUGAUCCUAACUCUUUCAAGAUAAUCAAGACGAUUCGAGCCCAUGGAGCCACUGUCUCCGAUAUAGAUGCUCAAAAUAAUGUUCUCCUAACCUGUGGUUAUAGUUCAAGGCAAACUGGCUUCGUCCUCGACCCUCUUGUCAAUAUCUACGACCUUCGAACCUUUCGAUCUUUACCUCCAGUUCCGUUCCCGGCUGGUGCAGCUUUCUGUCGGAUGCACCCAAAAAUGUCAACAACUGGCAUCAUAGCAUCUCAGACCGGCCAAUUUCAAAUUAUUGAUAUCGCCAAUCCAAAUGUUGUUAAUCUUCGACAAGCGAAUGUUUCUAACUACAUAUCGUCCUUGGAGCUCGCCCCAUCUGGCGACGCUCUCGCCCUUGCCGAUACGGAUGCAAUCCUUCAACUAUGGGGUAAACCGGAUAAAAUCCGAUUUACAGAGCUUUCCAAUCCUAUCGAAUGGCAAUCUGUUCCUAUGCCACCCCCAAAUGUCCCAGAGAUGAAUGAUUACAGCUCGCUCGCGUCAGUUGGCAUUCCAUACUAUCGCGAGCAAUUGCUCUCAGCAUGGCCAUCCCACAUGGUUUUUGAGGUUGGGAAACCCGCACCAAAAAUCGACUCUGACGUCCUGUCAAAAAUGAAAAUGCAUGACUUUGUCGGAUGGGCCCCCUUUCAUAGAAGGACACGGAGAUACCAAGUUGAAUCGACAAAAGUCCAGGAAAAACCAGGACAAGUUCAAGCCCCUAAGUUCCGUAGCGAGAAGGCGAGAGAAGGUCCUUCGGAGGAUAAAAUGGAUGUGACUACACCUUGGAGUGCCGUUGCGGCGGAAUUAAGACCAUUUGACGUCCCUGCGAGGUACCAUAAGGUGGAAAUCAAGUAUAGCAGGUUUGGUGUGGAUGAUUUUGAUUUUGAAUUCUACAAUAAAACUAGAUACUCUGGUUUGGAAACUCACAUUACGAACUCAUACUCCAAUUCACUCCUUCAACUUCUUAAAUUCACGCCUAUGAUGAGGAACUAUGCUUUACACCAUACCGCAAGAAAUUGUUUGUCAGAAACUUGCUUACUGUGCGAGCUCGGUUUCCUCUUCGACAUGCUUGACAAAGCAAAUGGACAGAACUGCCAAGCUACAAACUUCCUGCGAACAUUUAGCUCUAUUUCACAGGCCUCGGCCCUGGGGCUUUUCGAAGAAGGCAUGCCUCGAAGUAGCCAGUCUCUCACGGCAAUGAUUCAAUCCUUGAAUAGAUUUCUAAUGGAAAAACUCGCUACCGAUUUCAAGGCAUGUCCGAUCGAAGGUCGUAACGAAUCAGAGCUUGAGAAUGCUCUCAUAACCUCAUCGAUGACGUGCAUCAAAUGUUCCAACUGCGGAACCGAAACUAUGCGCCCCAGUAAUAGUUUCGUCCGUGAGCUCGCCUAUCCAAAGAAAGCGAAGGUGCUUGGCAGCUUCAGCACGGUAUUGAAACAUAGCAUAGAACGCGAUGGACAAACCCGAGGCUGGUGCGACAAGUGCCGUCGAUACUUAUCUUUGACGACGAAAAAAGUUGUGCACGACGUUCAACCCGAGGUAUUGAUGUUCAAUGCGGCGGCGGGAUCUCCUGAGUCAAAGCUUUACUGGGCAGAGAAGAACUGGCUUCCGCGAGAGAUUGGGAUUGUGGUGCAAGACAAAAAGUUCCUGUGUUACCAAGGGCCAGAACUUCAUAAAAUUAAGGAAAGGAAUCCUAAUAUUGUGGUUUAUGAGCUUGUUGGUCUGGUAGCUGAGAUUACAGGGGAUCACGAUACGGCGCCGCAUUUAGUGAGUUUGAUUGAUGUUUCAUUUACGGAUCCCGGUGAAAGAACAGAAAGCAACUGGCAUUUAUUCAACGACUUUUUGGUUAGACCAGUAUCUCAAGAGGAAGCGAUGAACUUUGCACCAUCCUGGAAAUUACCGUCUAUUCUUUGCUUCCAACAAAAGUCUAAAGGCAAUGUCGUGGAUAAUUCUUGGAUGAACAAAAUUGAUACAAGCCUACUAUUCAAGAGUUUGCCUAAUGCAACGCCAAAUGACAAUUGCCAACCGCUCUCUAUUGAUGAAAACCCGAUGCCUGGAACAGUGUUUGCCAUUGACGCUGAGUUUGUGGCCCUACAAAAGGAAGAGAUCGAAGUUAAAGCAGAUGGUACUCGAGAGACUAUUCGGCCCAGUCGCCUUAGUUUAGCCAGGGUCUCUGUCUUGAGGGGAAACGGCGAGGCGGAGGGUGUGCCGUUUAUCGACGAUUACAUCCAUACAAGGGAACCAGUUGUGGAUUAUUUGACUCUAUUCUCGGGUAUCGAACCUGGAGACCUAGAUCCUAUGGUUUCAAAGCAUGCUCUUAAGCUUGUAUCUCUAAAAGUUGCAUACAAGAAGCUCUGGAUCCUCCUGAACUUGGGAUGCAUAUUUGUGGGACACGGAUUGUUGAAGGAUUUCCGUAUCAUCAACAUCCACGUCCCCCGGGAACAGGUGAUCGAUACCGUGGACAUCUACUUCAAAAAGGUUCGACAACGUAAACUUUCUCUGCGUUUCCUCGCCUAUUAUUUCCUUCGCCAGAACAUUCAAACCGGAAACCACGACUCCAUCGAAGACGCAAACACAGCUCUCAGGCUAUACAAAAAGUAUUUGGAAUUUGAAGAUGCGGGAAUCUUCGAGCAGAUGCUCAACAAUGUUUAUCAGGAUGGAAAACUGACGAAUUUUAAACCUCCUGGGGAGAAUGAAGCCGCGCUUGCUGCCCUACAAGCAGAAAAUAAGACUAGCGGUGCUACCGCUACAAGUGUGGGAGGGGCUACUGUAACUACGACUCCCGUUCCCACAAAUAUUGCUACUGCUGUUUCUUCGGCCGCAGUUACCCCAGCAGUCGUCCCCUUGAACUCAUCUGGUAUUGGAGGAUUUGGAUUAGACGGAGCGGGGAGUCGGCCCAUUACACCUUUAGAUGCCGGGAUUAGUAUUGGGGGUGGUGGCAUCCUCGGUGGUGGGAUGGGUGGUAGCGUAUCAAGUCCGCCAUCUUUGGUGAGGAACGUCAUAUCACCAUUCAAACCACACUUACAAAUUCAGUCGCAACAAUUAAUGUCUCAACCGCCUCCUCCACAGCCAAUAUUUCAACCUCAACCGCCGCAACCACAGCAGCAAACUCAUCAUAGAAUCCAUCAGCUCGGCCAUACUAGUUUACAGCAGCAGCAGCAGCAGCAGCAACAGCAACAGCAACAGCAGCAACAGCAGGGCCACCCAUUGCAGCAGCAGCAGCAGCCAAUGCAGCAUAGAAGUUUUGCAAAGGUUAUUGCCUCACCCCCACCCCCACAACAGCAGCAACAACAGCAAAAGAGGAACAUGCAGGGGCGAUGGAGGUAA